UGCUGAGGUGGAAGAUCAGGCGGGGGGCGGGAGCAAGAAAAAAAAGCAUCGGCGAAGGAUUGAGGACCGUGGAGUACGCGCGCGAAUAUGGCGGAUACAAGCUUGGGUCCCUCACUGUUCCUCAAUCUCCCCAAAAUUCCUCUCCAUGUUCCUUCCAGAUCUUUCUCCUCCAUGGCUCUUCCUCGCUCCCAUUGCAAUUGCUCCUCCGCUCCCAAUCAGACCCCCGCCCAGCCCUCCCUCCUCGUCUUCUCAGGUGGAACUGCAUUUAAUGGCGUAGUCGAGGAGCUCAAAAACUUUACGACCCGUGUGGCUCAUGUUCUUCCUGUUUCCGACGACGGAGGUAGCACCGCUGAGAUUGUUCGCGUGCUUGGUGGUCCGGCCGUUGGAGAUAUACGGUCAAGAUGUUUGAGGUUAUCUGAUCAGAGUACGGCGGAGGCACUUGCGGUGCGCAGAUUGUUAGGUCAUCGUUUACCACUUGAUGCACAGGAGGCCAAAUCCGAGUGGUAUGAUAUCGUGGAAGGAGAAAAUUCUCUAUGGGAGGGUGUCUCAAAGCCCUACAGGGAAACUAUUCGUGCCUUUUUGGCCUAUUUUCAGAACCAGAUUCUUCGACGGUCUGAAAUGUCAUUCUGUUUCAGCAAUGGGAGCAUCGGGAAUUUCUUUUUUGCAGGGGCACGUUUAUUUUUCCAGUCAUUAGAUGCAGCAAUAUUUCUGUUUUCUCGUGUCUCAGACAUCCCAUCGGACAGCCUUGUUCUUCCAGUGAUUUCAACUAAUGACAGGCUUACGUUAGGAUGUGAAUUAUGGGAUGGGACAAUAAUACGUGGUCAGAAUGAAAUCUCUCAUCCAACUAAUGGACCUUCAGAACUUAUUAAUAAGGGAAACAAUUCGGCUCGAGCACUUCCUUCAAGGAUAAAGAGGGUAUUCUACAUGUCAAGUGAGGGAUGUAAUUUGCUGCAUGAGGUCUUCCCCGCAGCAAAUCCUGCUGUCCUCAACCAGUUGAAUGACGUGGACUGCAUUGUUUAUGCUAUGGGAUCCCUCUUCACUUCCAUAUGCCCAUCACUGGUGUUACUUGGAAUUGGUGAGAUCAUAUCGUCAAGAUCCUGCCCGAAGGUGCUUCUAUUGAAUAGCACAUGUGAUCGGGAGACGAGUGGUUUUACUGCUUCUUGCUUUACGACUGCCAUUUCAGAUGCCUUAAAUAGAACUUAUGGAGAUAUGCAUAAUUGUUUAAAUAACACUCCGGAUCAGUACAUCAAUACCAUUUUGGUGCCCAAAGAUGGUGAGAUUUUGGUAGAUUCUCAAGCCUUAUCUGCACAACGAAUCUGUGAUGUGAUUGUUGUUGAUUCCGUACGUGAUUCUAAAGUUGGUGUAGUAUUUGAUCCAAAAUCUUUGAUCAAAACUCUAGAAAAGUUGAUUGCAAGAUAUACAAGAUCACAUGUCACAAAGCAGGAGCUGACCCACUUUUUACCUUCUGGCAUUUUACUUGAAGAAUUCAACAUGGGAUAUUCGCAAAGAUGUUUGAUUGAUUUUACCCUAGUAGCUCAUUCCAUUCCUGUAAAGAACAUACCAUCCAACCUGCAUUGAUGUAUUUUAAUAUGGUCCAUAACCAUAAGGUAGACAGGGACAUGGAAARCCCCUUGGAAGUCACUUGAAACUUCAGCAUUUGAAUAUGCUUCUAUUUAUUUUCUCACUAUGAUUCAUUCUACGACCACUAUUUUCAUA